AUGAGCAGCCAAAGAGUCCCGAUAGAACCCCAGAGUGUCGACGCUCCCCUCACUCAGUCAGCUACCUUCCUGGUAGUAUCGGUGACCGACAAACCCGGUGCCAUCGAAACCAUCCGCUCUGCAUUAUCAGGUCUGAACAGCUUAGCAAAAAAUGUCUCAAUCCGGGACUUGAGCGCCCAAUUUUCCUGCACCGUUGGAAUCGGAAGUGAGAUAUGGGAUCGCUUGACCGGCCUCCCUCGACCAUCGGAGCUGCGCCCAUUCCAUGAAAUAAGAGGACGUCAACAUACCGCGGUAUCAACACCGGGAGACCUGAUAUUCCACAUUAGAUCCGAGCGCCGAGACAUCUGCUUCGAAUUCGAGCGUCAACUGAUGGAUCAACUCGGCGAUUCAGUUUCCGUCGUCGACGAAACAGUCGGGUUCCGAUAUUUCGACGUCCGUGAUCUCCUUGGGUUCGUAGAUGGCACGGCUAAUCCAGUUGGCCCCGCGGUCCCUGAUUCCGUGCUCAUCGCAGAAGAAGAUACCCCUGCAUCCGGUGGGAGCUACAUAGUUGUGCAAAAGUACACGCACGACCUACCCGGAUGGAAGGAUGUUUCCACAGAGGAACAAGAGAAGAUCAUCGGUCGCACAAAGAUAGAUAAUAUCGAGUUGGAUGAUGCGGAAUCAGGACAGCGCUCGCAUAAGACGCUCAACACGAUUGAAGACGAGGAUGGAAAUGAGCAUGAUAUUCUGCGCGAUAAUAUGCCCUUUGGAUCGCCUGGGUCGGGUGAGUUUGGUACCUAUUUCAUUGGGUAUACACGUCGCCUGUGGGUUAUUGAGAAAAUGCUCGAGCGAAUGUUUGUGGGGGAUCCCCCUGGACUGCAUGAUCGCAUACUUGACUUCUCAAAGCCACUCACGGGGACGACAUUUUUUGCACCCCCUGCUAGUCUGCUAGACCGACUUUGA